CCCUCCCGCCCGCCUCAGCCCGCCUCCCGCCCGCCAUGGCCGCCCGCGGAGCCGAGCGGCGCCGAGCCGAGCGCCGCGGCAGUGCCGGGGUCUGGCCGCUGCCUGGCAGCGCCCCGUGAGCGGGGACAGCGGGCGGCGUGUCCCUGCGCUCGGUCCUGCCCCCCGUCCUCCUCCCGGAGCGGCGAUGAGCGAGACCCGCGCCGGGGGAGUCGCCGCCUAGACCGGCAGCCAGGAUGGUGCCCCUGCAGCCCCUGCCCCUCGUCGUGGUCCAGGGCGUCCUCCAGCUCGUGUUCUGUGACGCCAGCCGGGUCGUACAAGCCGCGGACGUGCUGGACUGGGAAGACAAGGAUGCUGCAGAGACACUGGUUGACAACGUGGUCCAUUCCAGGAUCAUCAACCCCCUACGCCUCUUUGUCAAACCAUCUCCAGUGCUGAAACACGGCCAGGUGUCCUACUCGGACAGCAUAGAAAACUUUUGGGAUUGGUUGUCCAACAUCACGGAGGUUCAGGAAUCUCUGGCACGAACUAAACGCAGACCUAUAGUAAAAACUGGGAAAUUCAAGAAAAUGUUUGGGUGGGGUGACUUCCACUCCAACAUCAAAACUGUAAAGCUGAACCUCCUGAUCACGGGGAAAAUCGUCGAUCACGGCAACGGAACCUUCAGCGUUUACUUCCGGCACAACUCCACGGGUCUGGGGAAUGUUUCUGUCAGCCUGGUGCCACCUUCCAAAGUGGUGGAGUUUGAACCAUCCCCACAGUCCACGCUGGAGACCAAGGAGUCCAAGUCCUUCAACUGCCGCAUCGAGUACGAGAAAACAGACCGCGCUAAAAAAACUGCCUUGUGCAACUUUGACCCUUCCAAGAUCUGCUACCAAGAGCAGACCCAAAGCCAUGUCUCCUGGUUGUGCUCCAAACCCUUCAAAGUCAUCUGCAUUUACAUCGCUUUCUACAGCGUAGAUUACAAACUGGUGCAGAAGGUCUGUCCCGACUACAACUACCACAGCGAGACGCCGUACCUGUCCUCCGGCUGACCCGGCCUGGGGCUGCAAAAUCACACGAAAACGAGCAUUCCCAUUAACCUUUUGGAGAAGAAUAUGUUUUCCUAUCAGGUUCAAAAGUCUCUAAAAACCGUAGCUGUGUUCGUGCUGUAUCGUAACUAAUCCAGCUGUUUAUGUAACAAUAAUUUUCGUUUGAGGCCGUUGAAUUUUAGCUCUCUCAUCGUUCGUAAGGGAACCGCCAGGCAGGCACGUGACAAGAAUCAAACAAAAUUAUGUCUGUAACGAACACUGAUCUUAAAAAUCGCUUUUUUGAACAACUCCAUGGCAGAGAGGUUGUCUUUUACUUGAAUUGGACAGCACUUAGCAGGUCCUGUUUCUCAUUGGGAACUUUAGGUGACAAUAGAAAGAACAAAUGAUGAAGCAGCCUCAAAGCUGCUCAUACUCAAACUUCAAAUAAACAGCUCUCCCACUGAUUUCAUAAAGAAUUUUACACAGAGGGCUCAAGUAGUCAAGUCCAAAUACAAAGAGGAAGUGCUAAUUCUUUGAUAAAAAGAAAGAAAUCUGAAUUUUUAUGAGUUGUAGUAACUGUAGGUGUUCAUUGAAGAGCGAGUAGUUCUUCCUUCAGACUUCCUACCAUGGAUGUGCAAUGAUGUAAUUAGACCUCAAUGAGCUUUGGUUUAUUACACCCCACAGGUGUGCACGUGUGGUAUACAUUCCUUCCUCCCGUGCCCACCACUGGGUUAGAUUCCUCUCACACAUUCACACAAGCACACACAACCCAGGAUUAGUUUUUUAGCAACAGAGAAUCUAUAAAUACCUGGGGAAAAGAUAAUCUCUGUUUAAGUCAACCUGGUCUAGUGGAAGGUGCCCCUGCCCAUGGCAGGGGGUGGAACUGGAUGAUCUUUAAGAUUUGUUCCAACCCAAAUCAUUCUGUGAUUCUCUGAAGUGUAGCAGGGGCUGGCUUCCAGGAAAAGGAAGCAAUUAUUUUGCAAUGCAGCCCCUGAGCAUUAAAGUGCAGCAAGGAAAACCCAUCACAGCACAAGGAUGAUACCUGAACAAGCAGCUUUCUCCCUCUUGGCCCCAGUUGUUCCCUUAGCACUGCACUGCACACCUUAAGUCAAAGUAUCAGCCAUGACAAAGAGAGAGAA